AGUGUAAUUCAUUAAUUUUGUUUAGACAUGGCUGAAGAUCUGAUGUAUAAGAACCGUCUACAAGAAUACACUCAGAAGUUAAACUUGGCAUUGCCGAGUUAUCACACUGUGAAUGAAGGAUUCCAACACGCACCGAAGUUCAAGGCAACUGUGUUGGUUGAUGGACAGACCUACGAGUCUAACUCAGUGUUUCCACAAUUAAAACAAGCUGAGCAAGAUGCUGCAAAAUCUGCUCUUCACACCAUUAAAGGGAAGACCAAGGAUCAAUGGCGGUUUGAUAUUAACAAGGAUCCAAAAUGGUGCAAAUCUAUUUUGCAAGAAUAUGCUACCAAGAUGAUGCUGAGGACACCCAAGUAUACAACCGUCCAGAAAGAAAAAAUGCGGCCGGUCUUCUUCUCUCGGUUACUUUUCGAUGGCAAAACUUACUCCGGCGAGGUGUGUGCAAGCAAGAAAGACGCAGAACAGUUUGUGGCAAGAGUUGCAAUUCAAUCACUUGUUGGAACUGAUUCAGGAGUUUUGCGAGAAAUAGUGAAUUCCAAAAGUAAAGUGUACAAGAAUGCAGUACAUAAGAUUAGAAGGCCAAGCAAGCUUGAAGCAAAGCAGCUCAUCCGGUAAGGUGAAGAUUGUGCAAACUCAUGGGCGAUGAAUUUUUAUCAAUAGACUUCAUUUAUGUAUUAUCUAACAUGGAUUUUACGCAUGUUUAGCUCUAAUUUUCCACGUCAGCUUCCGCCCAUUAAAUUUU